UUGGCUCUCAGGGGGUGCUCAUGGUCCUGCCUCUCUCCUGGCCCCCAGUCCCUGUUGGAGCUGCAUAAGCGGAGGAAAGCCUUGACCGAGCCCGAAGCGCGCUACUACCUGCGGCAAACCAUCCUGGGCUGCCAGUAUCUGCACGGCAACCGGGUCAUUCACAGGGACCUCAAGCUGGGCAACCUCUUCCUCAACGAUGACAUGGAGGUGAAAAUAGGUGACUUUGGCUUGGCAACCAAAGUAGAAUAUGAUGGUGAGCGUAAGAAGACCCUGUGUGGGACGCCAAACUAUAUAGCUCCUGAAGUGCUGGGCAAGAAGGGACACAGCUUUGAAGUGGACAUUUGGUCCAUCGGCUGCAUUAUGUACACUCUCCUGGUAGGGAAGCCACCCUUUGAAACCUCUUGUCUAAAAGAAACAUACAUCCGAAUUAAGAAGAACGAGUAUAACAUCCCCAAGCACAUCAACCCCGUAGCUGCUAAUCUCAUCCAGAAGAUGCUGAGAUCUGACCCUGCCACCCGCCCUACUAUUGACGAACUGUUGAAUGAUGAGUUCUUCACAUCAGGUUACAUCCCCACCCGGUUGCCCACCACCUGUCUAACCAUCCCGCCUAGGUUUUCAAUUGCCCCCGGUGGAUUUGACCCGAGUGGACGGAAACCUCUUACCGCUCUCAACAAAGGCCCGGACAGCCCUGCCUUAGAUAAAGCCCAUGAAAAGGAAGACGAAGCAGCACUGCGGGAGCUGGGAGAGCCUGUCGACUGCCACCUAGCUGACAUGUUACAGCAGCUGAGCAUGGCCAAUGCAGCGAAACCCUCGGAGAGGGCAGUAGUGAGACAAGAGGAGGCUGAGGAUCCGGCUUGCAUACCCAUCUUCUGGGUUAGCAAAUGGGUGGACUACUCGGACAAGUACGGAUUAGGCUACCAGCUGUGUGAUAACAGCGUUGGGGUUCUCUUCAAUGACUCCACCCGUCUCAUUAUGUACAACGACGGGGACAGCCUACAGUACAUUGAGCAAAACAGCACAGAGUCCUACUUCACUGUGAGAUCCUACCCCUCUACGUUAACUAAGAAGAUAACACUACUGAAAUACUUCCGGAACUACAUGAGCGAGCACCUGCUAAAGGCUGGAGCCAACAUCACGCCCCGGGAGGGGGACGAGCUGGCGCGCCUCCCUUACCUCCGCACCUGGUUCCGGACUCGCAGCGCCAUCAUCCUGCACCUGAGCAACGGCACCGUGCAGAUCAACUUCUUCCAGGACCACACUAAAAUCAUCCUGUGCCCCUUGAUGGCGGCGGUCACCUACAUCGACGAGAAACGGGACUUCCGCACGUACAAGCUGAGCCUGAUCGAGGAGCACGGCUGCUGCAAGGAGCUGGCCAGCCGGCUACGUUACGCCCGCACCAUGGUGGAGAAGCUGCUUAGCUCCAAGUCUGGCUCGGCCCGUACGAAGCUCUCCGCUUAGAACCCAGCUGUAAUGGACUCCGCGUCUGUGCCAAACUGUUACGGCCUCGGCCGGAGGGGCCUCUGCAACAGUAACCUCCCACCAGCUGGGCCACCUCUCUGCUGCCAGCUGCACUGGGGCCGCAGGAGGGGCUGCUGCUGAGGAAAUGGUCACGCUGGCCCCUCAGCACCCAUUAGAAAGUUGCUUUUAUUGAAUAUCUAGUUUUUCUAACUGUCCAAUCCCCCCAGCCCUUGCUCCACGGCCUUGACGCAGCCUCCUUGGAGAACAGAGCAUGGGCAGGGCGGAGUUCUGUAAGUUAUUUGUAUGUUUGUGAUGCUCUGGGGCUCCUUUCCCCCUCCUGUAGCAACUGUAAGAUAUUUAAUGUGCUCACAUGCUGACUCUGAGCAAUCAGCCUUUUAAUAUUGAAACUAAUCUGCACCAAAUUAAACUCUUGUAUAUUACGUAA